UCACGCCUUUCGCUCUCAACCUCUCUCCCUCCCUCCCUCCUAUGUAAAACCCUCCUUCCGCACCAAAAUUCCUCUUCGUUCCCACGGAUUCUUCCCCAUCGUCACGCUCCAACCGCCGUCUUUCCCGCCAAAUUUAUUGUCGAACUAUGCCUCCGUCCUCCGACCCCGCCGUCCCCACCGUCACACCAGUCACCAUAUCCUACUCCGAGCUCCAAGACAGGGACAAAGAUUUGUCAGUGAAGAUUGAAGAAGGAUUUGGACCAAAUGGGUUGGGAAUCCUAUCAAUCACUCAAGUUCCGGGAUAUUCCCUUGCGCGGAAUCUUCUAGGCUUGUCACCUAGAUUAGCCAAUCUGCCCGAAGAGGUGAAGAAGGAACUUGAAGAUCCUCAUAGUAGGUACAAUUUUGGAUGGAGUCAUGGAAAAGAGAAGCUGGAAUCUGGAAAGCCUGAUACGUUAAAAGGCUCGUUUUAUGCAAAUCCAAUAUUGGAUAGCCCUACAACAGAUGAAUCUCUAAUUCAAAGGUAUCCAUCAUACUGUGUUCAAAUAUAUGGCCCCAAUAGUGAAUUGCCAGAACUAGAAGUCGCCUUCAAAGCUCUUGGAAAGCUGAUCCUUGGAGUUGGGCUUAUGGUUGCAUAUCACUGUGACAGAUACGUGUCAAAAGCAAUCAAAAUGCGUGAGGAUGAAGGCCUUGAACAAAUACUGUUUCGAUCUCGCUGUCAUAAAGGGCGUCUACUUUAUUAUUUUCCAACAAAAGAAAGUAAUCCUACUGAAGAUAAUAGAGACAUGUCUUCUUGGUGUGGAUGGCAUACAGACCAUGGUUCACUGACAGGUCUGACCUGUGCCAUGUUUACGCGAGAUGCUGCUGAAAUACCUUGCCCUGACAGUGGUGCUGGCCUUUAUAUUAGGACACGAACUGAUCAGAUUGUCAAAGUCGUUUUUGGAGAAGAUGCAAUAGCAUACCAAAUUGGCGAAACCACUGAAGUUCUGUCAAGAGGCUAUCUUUGUGCAACGCCUCAUUGUGUCCGGGCACCCAAGGGAGCGGAGGCUUCUGGCCUUGAUCGUUCAACAUUUGCCUUAUUCAUGCAACCAGACUGGGACGAAAAGCUUAAUUUUCCGGAGGAGGUUCAUAUCCAUAAAGAGUUAAUUCCACCAAACGGUGCUCUUACCUUCGGAGAGUACACAGAGAAGCUCCUUGACAAAUACUACCACCUGAAAACAUAAACGCCGGCGUAUUUUUCGUCGAAGAAUGAUGAUGUAUAGGGACUGCAUCACUGUAGUUGGUAAUCUAGUACCUAAACUAAACUGAUGGAAGUGUCUCCAAUUGCAAGAUUAAUUUCUUGUUGGCAGAUCACUUCUAUCAAGUUCUUACUCUAAAGUACAUGUUCAAAGUUCAAUUACCAUAACCACACAAUUAGGAGAGAUAAAGCGUUUGCAUAGUCUACCUUUCUUCUGC